AUGAUACAUACAUAUAUGAAAUUUUUCAGGAUAAGCAUGCUUUGCGAUGAAGUUUAUAAUGAUCUUGCCAUGUAUUUCGACCAACUGUUCAUACAAAAGUCCUAUAACAGCAGCCUCGUUACCCUGCGCAGCAUCAGUCUGUGCGGUCAGUUUUCAACACAGCUACUAUGCAAUCUGUUUUCUAGGGUCAAAGGGGAAUCAAACGCUGCUGGAACGAUUUGUGAGACAGUUAGAGAUUACGAAAGCGAUUACAGGCAUCUGAGGCGAGCAGUGCAUAUCGAAGUGCUUCGGUGUAUCGAACUUAGGAUUGUUGCAGAAUACUUAAACGCCAUUGCGAGCAGGAAAAUUACUUGCACGGAAUUCCACAAGCGAUGCGCCGUUGCAAAGCGCCUUAAAAACGAUGCUGCAGCAAUAAUGAGGACAUUUGAUCCUCUGUUAUCACCGCUUGAGGUGAAUGGUGAGGAGAUGGAGACUUUACCGAAUGUUUUGCAUUCCAUGGCGGAGUUCAUCAGUCUUCGUGAUAAAAGCAUGCUUCCGUUGGAAAUAGCAUCACUGCUCCAAAAAUAUCCGGACAUCACCGAAGACCUACUUUUUUCACUGAUUGACGCGCGUGAUGACGUAACUAGCACCGAAUCGAGAGCGCUAACAGAGGAGUGCACGAAAAUGAUUGAUAAGAAGCGGACGGAUCCAGAGCUAGCCAAACUCUUCCAUAUGGCGAAAGGCGAACGGAAAACUUCACAAAUCAUCAGGGAUGUUGUGCCUAGGUUACGUCGACGUGUCAAAGUGUCCAUUGCUGGUCAGUGA